GACUAUAGAGGGCGCGAGGGUGACGUCAUUGUUUUGUUGGUCGGCCAUGUUGGAUUACAACAUAACAACAACAAAACGCACACAAGUACCCGUACAUGCCGUACCCACGUACAUGUACGUACGUGACGGUAGCGUAGCGCAGCAUACACACUUUUAUCAGUUGGUUGCUGUUUCGACAUUUUCUAUGUUUCCAAGCUGUGUAAGACAUAGAAAUGGUGAAUUUUUGCGCAAUUAUUGGCUGCAGCAACAGGGGGGAUCGGGACAAAAAAUCUUUUUUUCGGCUGCCCGCCGUUUUGACCCGAGAAGGAGCUGCCACUCUGGAACUCUCCCAGAGCAGACGUGCUAAAUGGCUGUCGCAAAUCGCCCGAGACAUUAAAGAGAGCAACUUGCCGUAUGUACGGGUCUGCUCGGACCAUUUUACAAGCGGAAAGCCCUCUGCAUUGUAUGAUAAUACCAAUCCAGACUGGGCACCAACUGUCAAGCUUGGUCACAGCAACAUAGAUGGUGCAACUGCCACUCGAGACUUGGAGAGGUACCAAAGACGCUGCUACAGGCAGGGACAGAAGUCCAAAUUGGAUGCCGCCGAGGCUCUUCUCCAGCUUCAUUCAGUUCCCAAGACCCCCAAACGACAACAGUCCACUUCCGAAGAGGCCUGCCAAACUGACUUGGAUAGCAACUCCAUGAAAUCCACACAAACGGAAUUACAGCGAUUGUUAGAGGAAAAUCGAAAAUUGAAAGAGCAGCUGGCUGAGAGUAACAAUAAUUUUGAUCGGCAGUUCUUCCAAGAUAAUGAUGAAAAUGUGAAGCAUUUCACAGGAUUGUCAAGCUUUGCCAUUUUGGAUGUUUUGUUUACGUACCUAGAAACAUUCAUUGUGUGCAGCUGUUUGAACAAGUUAACAAAAUUUCAGCAGCUAGUGUUGUGCCUCAUAAAACUCCGACUGAAUCCUACAUAUGUGGACCUUGGGCAGAGGUUUAAUGUGCAUAAGUCUACAGCAUCUAAAACAUUUUUGAACAUUAUUAACAUCAUGUAUAUCAGACUGAUGCCACUCAUAUUUUGGCCUGAUCGGGAACAGCUGUGGGAAACUAUGCCCAUGAGUUUCAGGACACACUUUGGCAAACAGAUAACUGUUAUUAUCGAUUGCUUCGAAAUAUUUUUAGAAAGGCCGUCCAAUCUUGCAGCACGAACGUCAACAUGGUCUUCGUACAAACACAACAACACUGUUAAAUACUUAAUCGGCAUCACCCCUCAAGGAGUCAUAUCUUAUUUAUCACAAGGCUGGGGUGGAAGAGCAAGCGACAAAUACGUGGUUGAACAUUCAUCUUUUCUCCACAAGUUGUGUCCAGGGGAUGUUGUGAUGGCAGACAGGGGAUUUGAUGUUUCAGACAGCGUUGGAAUGAUGGGUGCUAAGCUUGUACUCCCUGCAUUUAGAAGAGAUGGGCCACGACUAUCUGGAGAGCAAGUUGAAAACACGCGCAGAGUAGCAAACUCCAGAAUUCAUGUGGAGCGAGUUAUAGGACAUCUGCGCCAGAAAUAUACCAUCCUCCACAGCACAAUUCCCAUGGAUUUUGUCAUUUCCAGAGAUGAUAAUGUUACACUUCUGGACAAAAUCACCGUUGUAUCUUGUUCUUUGACCAACAUGUGCCCAUCAGUUGUUCCUUUUGACUGAAUGGAUUUUUGCUUUUCCAGACACAAGUGUCAUUGAAGCAAUUUUUCAAUCUUUAUUGCCUAUUUUUCUUCCAUGUCAUAACAAUUUUAGAACAAGUCUCCCUCUGCUUGAGUCUCAAGUUAAGUCCAGUUGAACUGCCUUCUGAGUGCCAAGUCAAGUCAAACUCAUGUACAUGUUCAUGUACCUUCAAAUCCCUAGUCAAAUCAAAUCAACACAGGCAUGUUGGUGAAGUCAGGUCAAGUCAAGUUGUCACUGCAGUAACUUCGUUCAAGCUAAGUUUAAAUUGUUAUCUUAAAAAAAAAAUCUGUUUUGGCAGACUCGAGUCAGAGUUAAGUCGAGUAAUUUUUGACAGUGAUUCGAAUCCAAGUCAAGUCAUUUGAAAAAGUGAAGCGAAUCCAAGUCAAGUCAUUUGAGGUUGGAUACUUGAGUCGAUUGGAGUCCCGAGUCUCGAGUCCAAGUCAUUACAACACUCUGUCAUAAUAGCAUUGAUGCUAUUUGUUGUGGUUUUUCCCAAAAUAAUCUGUCACAAACCAUUUGAGAGAAAGUAACGUUGGAUCAUAUGAUUUAUAGCAACCCUUACUCCAAUAACUCCAUCCAUUCGAAUGUCUACUUCUUCAUAUUAGUGAAUGGAUAUGAUUCACAUUGGGGGGGGGGGGGUUGAAUUUCAAGAAAUAUGGUCCAACAAUAAAAAAUAAAAUGAGCACAUAAAAAUAGAUUAGAAAUGAAUGAAAGUAGACUUUCAUGGAAAAACAAAACACUCGUGGUGGUGACGAAAUAUCUAUUGUAUUGAAUUUUGGCUAAAACCUCUGUCUUAUUGAAGAGGACAUUUAAUGAUUUAUAAUCGAACACGCACUCUAGAAGCUGCUGGCCCCCGCCCAUGAUGAGUUAUAAGCUUAUUUUGUAUAAAUGCCUAAUGCGGUGGUGGAUGGCAGUGUAAAUGUUGUGAUUCUUUUUUAUAACCGGUGUAUAUAGUUUUCAUUGUUGUGGCCAUUUCCAAACACAUUUUAUCUUAACCAGUGUAUUAUUUUAAUUAUGAUCAUGUAUUUAUAUUUAUUUAUUCAUUUAUUUAUAUAUGUACAUUUUUAUUUAUUCAUUCAUUUAUUUAUUAUAUUUAUUUAUAUAUAUUAUAUUAUUCAUAUAUUGGAUUGUGAUGGAUGCCAU